AUGUCAUCCAUCGCUCUGGAAUUGCGUUUGCAGGCUGCUCUCCAACAUGCGACAGACCUCUUCGCGCAAGCCCAGCGUACCCCGAAAAAGGAAACGUUCAAUCAGGCAAUCAACCUCACGAUAGAAGCCAAGCAGUGUUCCAUACCCAACUCGGAGGCAUAUCGCUAUAGCGUGGAACUCCUGACUAAGAUAUACCGUCAACGACAUCAGGCAUAUGGCGAAAUAUCGGAUCUUACAGCUGCUAUCCGGCAUGCCGAGGAGGUUGCUGGAUUCAACGAUAUCUCUUCACGAUUAGCAGGCCUGCAGAAUCUUUCAAUCCUCCAAACCGACCUUUUCACCGAAACCAAACAAAUUGAUAAUGCGCAGGCAGCCUUUGCGACCGCUCGAAAGGCAGUGGAGCUGGCGAGUGGAUGUGGAUAUGAUCAAGUCUCCUGUGAAGCGAACCUUGCCGAAGUCCUGCUUAGACUUUGCCAGGAGAGGCUAGAAGUACAUGAAGCCAUCCAAAUUGAUUACGCAGUUGAAAAACUAGAAAAAGUCCUUGAAAGUCACCAUAGUCAUUCAGAAGUUGUGACCUGGCGGCAUACGCUUGCCCUUCUGCUUCGCCUUAAGUUUGAGCGGACAGGUAAUACUCAGUACUUGGACAGUGGAAUCAGUCAGGAGCAGUCAAGUUUAGCUUUCAGUGAAAACCAUGAUCUAAAGAGGCCAAGGCGGCUAGAAGCCCUCGCGGGUAUGCUCACUGACAAAUUCUACUGCACCGGGGAGUCCCAGUACUUGGAUGAUGCAGAGAAAAUGCUUCGUGAUGCUGUCCGACUGUCGAAAACCAGCCCAGACUCUGAGAAAGCAACAUAUCUCAACGGAUUAGCUUUGACUUUGGUUGCGAAGUUUCAAAGAUACGGAAAAUUGGAUUAUGUGCAAGAAAGCAUAAAGAGAUCGAGGUCUGCCUCUUCCUUGGAACGAAAUAUUGCUGAUAAGGCAAAGUACUUGGGCUGUCUUGCCAACAGUCUGUGUCUUCUCUAUGACCAAACCAAAGAAGAGGGCACUCUGAGUGAAGCUCUGGGAAUCGGAGAGACCGCAAGAGAGACUACAAUCGUAACUGCAAGUCACCCUUACAGGCUCACAUGCGCAAAUAUUCUAGCCAAAAUUCACACCCGACAGUUCGAACUUCAUCGUGAUACACAUAGCUUUGACCAAGCUAUAUGUCUCUUCUCAGAAGCGAGCAACUCAUGGUCACAGGAUGCUCCUUCUCGGGCGGUAGCGUUCAUUAAUUUAGGAAAUCUUUACUAUUGCCAAUCUGACCACAGAGACCUGGACAAGGCUUUGGGAUACUUUUUGCAGGCAUGCAGGAGUACGGCAAUAUAUACAAUUCUCCGAGUAAAGGCCUCCCAAAUGGCCAUCGGUAUUUUGGAGAGCAAAGGUCUUUACGCAGAGGCAAUCCAAAUAGGAGACGGCGUUCUCCAUUUGGUCCAAGAAUUGUGUGACCGAUCCAUGAAUCUCAGCGACCAACAGUAUGCCGUUCAACAAGUUGCCGGGUUAGCAGCUGAAGUAUGUUCAUUGCACCUUCAAACAGGUCGUGCCUCGGAAGGUCUCCAGAAGCUAGAAUUCGGCCGUGGACUGAUUCUCCGGUACAUGUUCGAUAAACACGAUAGCGUGCAAACCCUCGAGCAAGAUCAUCCCAACCUGGCCAAGGAGUAUAAGGCGCUCCUCUUCCGGCUCUCCACAGCCGACAAUGAAUCCUUGAGCAUGUCCUCUCAACUGUCCUUUUCUGGGCAUCGCGUGGAGGCUGGUGAGAAGCUCAAGAGACUUCUUUACCGAAUUCGUCAAAUGAGAGGCUACGAAUCGUUCUUGCUUGAGCCCUCCAUAGACGAACUGAGGAGUUGUGCAUCAGGCGGGACUGUCGUCGUUGUUAAUGCAACCCUUGUCCGGGCCGAUGCGAUUAUCAUUCGCAGUGAAGGUAUUAGGUCAAUUCAGCUUCCUGUGAUGGAGAAAAGUCUCGCCAAGUGGUCAUCGGAACAGGGUUCUGGAGCAUCUAAAGGCCCCACAAGAGGCUCCCCUCUUGGCUUACGCGAUGCAGGUAGUGGAACCAGAGCUGGCAACAAUAAACUGUUUCUGAAGUGGCUGUGGGACAGCUGCGUCAAGCUUGUCUUGAAGGAAGUGCGAAAGGGUUCUGGUCUCUCAGCCGAUGGGAACGUGCCGCAUAUUUGGUGGCUUGGAACAGGGAUGGCCGCAAGGUUUCCAUUUCAUGCGGCUGGCGACUACAAACACAAUUUACAAGAGAACUGCCUGCAGCAAUCGAUGUCAUCCUAUACACCUUCAAUCAGGGCUCUUGCUUAUGCAUGUUCAUUAUUGCAAGAGCCGCCGCAUUUGGUAGAGCCUAAGGACAAGUCUAUCCUGGUCGUCACAAUGCCAACUACCCCAGGGCAAGUGGAUCUAGAAGGAGUGCGAGAUGAAUGCUUUGCCAUCUCAAGUGCUUGCAAGGGAAUCUUUAAGUCUACCCUUCUAGAACAUCCGACGGCGGCACACGUUCUUGGAAAUCUCGCCAAGUCUGAGAUCGUUCACUUUGCUUGUCACGGUCUGUCAAACCCAGACGACCCCUCCAAAAGCCAUCUCCUGCUCCAAAGUAACAGCGAAUCUGGCGACGCAAUACCUGAUAAACUCACCAUUGCAGAUAUAUGUGAUACAGUUUCUCAUGGGGUCCCAGCCCGCAUCGCGUACCUAUCCGCCUGUUCGACCGCAGAAAUUACACCCACACGGUACGCUGAUGAGAGCUUCCAUAUCGCGAGCGCUUUUCAAGUUGCGGGCUUUCCGAGUGUGAUUGGCGCCCUGUGGCCUACUAGAGAUGAUGUCUGCGUGAAAGUCACUAAGUACUUCUACGAAUCGUUCGUUACAAACUACCAGACAGAUGGAAAAGAGUUGUCAGUAGCGUCUUCCUAUCGAGACGCUGUCCUUCGUGUACGCUCGGAACUAUUUGCAGGUGGAGGAGAGGGUGACCCUAUGACUUGGGCUGCCCACGUACAUCUAGGUCUAUGA